AUGACAGACAAGAUAUCUCUGAAGUCAGCCCUUGCAGUUCUGGAGAAUGGGCAAUCUGACGAGCUCCAGACUCCAUCGUCAAUAACUGCGGUCACGGUAACAGAUCAAGACAACCUAGAGGAAGGAGAGAUUUCCGAGGAAGACGUAUCAAGUACUGCUUCAACUCCUCCCCGAAUCGCGGGCCAGCUGUUGAAUAUAUCAAGUGGCACAAGUCUUUCAUCUGAAUCUGUUCAGAGCUCUCGUUUAUCUUCUCCCUCAAUCACUGCCUGCGGCUCGACCGCGACAUCAACAACGCCACAAUAUUCGGAUACGGGACCUAUGACUCUCCAAGACCUGGAUCACACCAAGAACCUCGUACUUGAUCUCCUAGGUUGGGGCGUUUCUCCUGAAUAUCUGGUCGAGGUUGGUGUAUCGGCGGGUGUAAUAUACAGGGUGUUUACCGAUCUCAAUCUCCGUCUUCCUACAAAUCUUGUUCUUCCUCCCACUCGACCCUUGCCGCCUUCUGGUAUAUGA